AUGACGCUAUAUGCACCUCUAAACUCAGAUCUGUGCCAGAUCCGGCGUCUGAUCCUUCAACCUGCUGCCAAGUUCGAUGAUCCUCUCUACAGUCAACUCAGUGUCGUUUCUUUGGAGUCAAGCCCAGAUUUUGAAGCUCUUUCAUAUGUAUGGGGCUUAACCACACCAACCAAAACCAUCAACCUAGGUGAUCGCCUGGUUGCUAUUGGCCCAAAUCUCGACAAUGCUUUGCGCAACCUCCGUCUUCCUGCCGCACCUCGUAUUCUCUGGGUUGACGCUUUAUGUAUCAAUCAGGAUGAUCUUGAUGAACGUGCAUCACAGGUUGCACUUAUGAGACGAGUAUAUUCUGAGGCAAACACUGUGUUGAUAUGGCUCGGACCGGAGGCAGAGGGCAGCGAACAAGCAAUGCGGAGUGUUGAAAGAUUUGACAAGGCAUAUUGGCAAACGUAUGAUUUUCAAGCCCAAUUUAUGGAGAUCUUGUUUCGACCCUGGUUUACACGCAUUUGGACGGUGCAGGAGUUCGUCAUGGCAAAGCAUAGCAUCGUGGAUGGAAGAAUGAAAAAUCCUGUAUUCGGAUGCGGCAAUGUUUGGGUCGAAUGGUUGCCAUUCAUUACAGCAUGGGCGCAUUUCUCAGACGAUGGGAAUAUCAUGGAAGAUAAAUACAAAAGAGCAUAUCGCGAUGCGGUGGUAGAGACUUUUCGACCUGAAUGGAUUCGGACUGCUAAUACAAGACCAGUGGGAACAGAACAGACCACUCUAGAAGGCGUUAUUACAGGGCUGAGGAGUGCUUUUGGAGAAAACUUCAUGCAGGACUUACCUUACUAUACUGUACUAGAGAUAGCUGAAGAUAUCCAUCUCAAUCCAGUGGUAUGGAGAGCCAGACACACGGUCAUGAGACAUGUUCAAUACGAUUCUGUCGAAGCGAAAGCAUUUUGGAGAAGAAUGGAGCUCAUGAAACGCGUUCCAAUCACCUAUCACGGAUUUCUUAUGCACUCUCGUGGCACUAUCCACAUACGAAAAGAGCCUCUAAGCCUUGAAACUGUCUUGAAAUGUACAAUGAACUUGCGCUCUACCGAUCCACGCGACAAAUUAUAUGGUAUCCUCGGCUUGCUCAGCGAGGAAGCCAGAGCCGCAAUUCACAUUGACUACCACAAGCAGCCAGAAUGGACAUUUGUACCGACGAUGAUUUACAUCAUACAGCACGAGCCAAAGGGCCUAGCACUGCUUGGUCUUCUUUGGCGAACACGACAUUUCAAAACCCCCCUUCCCUCAUGGGUCCCAGACUUCACCAUCUCGGCCGAUUUUAACGACGAACAUAAUCCAGUUUUUUUGCGUGGGGGUUGUGCAAACCACGAUUGGAAAUGGCCUGAAGGUGUCAGAGCUACCGUUUCCCCGGACAGAACUACGCUCUGCGCCUACAUGGCCAGUUUUGGUCGCGUCACUCAUAUCGUUUCUUUCAUCGAUGGCGAUCGUGAUUACUACGUCUCGCGAUUCAAGGAGAUCGAAGCCCUUCUUGCUGUCCAAGCACCUAGAAGGGAGCCUCUUUGGCACACACUUAUUGGUAUCCGCAAUACCGAUCAUGAGUUGAUAGUAACUUACCCCAGAACCUUUGAAGUAUUGAUGGGGCGUGUUCCGGAGCAAGAUGGUGAGGCACAGAAGAUGUUUCAAGAUGCAAUUUUGCCGAUUGUUAGGAAGCGCAAGUUCUUUGUCACAGAUAAAGGAUUUGCAGGUGUUGCUACGCCGAUGAUUCGGGAUGGCGAUACGAUUGCCAUUAUAGCGGGAAUGGGUAGGGCGGCAGUACUUAGAGAUACUGAUUUCAAGGAUUUAGAAACUGAGGGGAGGUCAGAUGAAGGGAAGAAAUCUAAGCGGAUCACGGGGUUUGCAUAUGUGGGAUGUCAUGACAGAGAUGGAUUUGAGUCUCUAGCUAAGGAGGGCAUGAGAGAUCUGGGAAGACAUACUUGCAUUGCAAGAGAUCUAGAGCAGUGUUAUAUCAUCUAA